AUGUCUUUGAAUACAAGAGAGGGUGGAUCUGAAGGUCUCGGAUACAACCCAUCAACGGGUGAUCGCAAGAAGAGAAGAGGCUCUUGGGUUGUGGAAGGCUCAAAAGAGAAAACAAAAGAGAAGGAGAAGGUACUCAAGGUUAUAUCAGCCAGAUAUAUGUCCAAAGCGACAGUCUUGAAGAAUUUUGAGCUUGACUUGAAGCUGCAGGGGAGUGGAGAGGAGGUGAAGCUAAGUGAUGAUACGGUGGUUGAGUUGGGAUCAGUGGAGGAAGAGAAGUUCCUGAAGAAGCUUAAGAAAUCAGAAGAUGAGUACAAGAGUGGGAAGACUCUAACUAAGGACAACAGGAAGAGAGAGGAGAGGAGGAGCAUGGAAACAAGAAGAGAGGACAAGAGUAACAGCGUGCAGCAAAGCACCAGGAGCACAGAUCAUAAUGGGCCACCCAAGGUCCAAUGGCUUACAAGUUAUAUUCGAGUCAGAAUAAUCAGCAAGGAUUUCAUGGGUAAAAAAUUGUACCUGCAGAAGGGUAAGGUGAUUGAUGUGGUUGGACCAAUAACCUACGACAUUUCAAUGGAUGGAAGUCGAGAAUUGGUACAAUGUGUUGAUCAGGACAUCUUGGAGACAGCUCUGCCUAAGCUAGGAGGAUCAGUGCUUGUGUUGAAUGGGAAACACAAAGGAAAUUUUAGAAAUCUAGAAGAGAGAAACGCAGAGAAAGAAACGAGAGUGACAAGGGAGGCUGGUAGUCAUGAGUUUAUCAAGGUUAAGCUGGAUGAGAUUGUAGAAUGUCUUGGGGAUCCGAGCUACCUUGGAUAUUGA